AGUGGCAACCCCAACCGUUUUUCGUUGGUCGUUUGAAAGCUAUUAAAGAUUUCAAAUAAAUAUUUGUCCCUUGUCUCGGCUUGCUAAUUGGAUUUUAAUUGAAGUUUAUCAGUGUCUAAACUUAAAGUUCUCAUAUCAGCGUGUAGAAAACCAUGGCAAUGAAUCAAGUUCGCAAUUUCGCUCGAAGGUCAACGAUACUCGGUGGCAGAAAUUAUUUUACAUAUUCGAAUCAAAUUUCACAGCCUUUAGAAAGGACACCUCCUUACGCCGAAGCAAGAGAAGCAGUUUCAUGCAUCAAAUCAGGUGACACCGUUUUUGUGCAAGGAGCUGCUGCGACUCCAAAUGUUUUACUUGAAGCAAUGGCACAUCAUGGAAAGGAGAAUAAUCUUAAAGAUAUUACGGUCAUUCAUAUGCAUACUGAAGGACCUGCUUAUUAUGCGCAACCAGAUUAUGCACACAUCUUCCGAUCAAAAUCUACUUUUAUGGGUGGGAAUGUUAGGAAGGCAGUUGCAGAGGGUCGAGCAGAUUCAAUUCCGAUAUUCUUACACGAGAUUCCUUUACUCUUCCGACGUGGAUUAAUCCCAAUUGAUGUUGCAUUAAUACACUCAGCUUCAAUUGACCAGCAUGGAUAUGGAAGCUUGGGAACGUCCGUUGACUGUGUUCGAGCAGCAUGUGAAAAUGCUAAAAAGAUUGUCGCUCAAGUCAAUCCACAAAUGCCAAGAACAUUUGGUGAUGCAAUUAUUCACCACUCACACUUUGACUGUGCUGUGAAUGUUGACGUUCCAUUAUCCAUUCAUCCACAUCGUCAAAUGUCACCAGAAGAAGAAGCGAUUGGUAAAUGGGUUGCAGAAAAUCUUGUUGAAGAUGGAGCGACAUUGCAAAUGGGUAUUGGAAAUAUUCCCGAUGCUGUGCUUGCUCAACUUCAUAAUCACAAAGACUUGGGUAUUCACUCUGAGAUGUUUGCUGGUGGUGUUGUUGAUUUAGUUCGUAAAGGAUGUGUCACAAAUGAUAAGAAAAUUAUUCAUCGUGGUAGAAUUGUUGGAAGCUUCUUAGUUGGAACAAAAGAACUUUAUGAUUUCGUCGACAACAAUCCUUUCAUCGAAAUGCUGGAAAUCAAUUAUGUAAACGACACUAAAAUUGUAUCACGUAAUCCAAAAAUGACAGCAAUUAACAGUGCAAUUGAGGUUGACUUAACCGGCCAAGUCUGCGCUGACUCGAUUGGAACGCGAAUGUUUUCAGGAUUUGGUGGACAAGUUGAUUUCAUUCGAGGUGCUGCUGAAGGUUUCGAUGGAAAAGGAAAGCCAAUUAUUGCUUUGCCAUCAACAACCAACAAAGGCGAAAGUAAAAUAGUUCCGACAUUGAAAGUCGGUGCCGGUGUUGUCACCAGUCGUGCCCAUGUGCAUUAUGUUUGCACUGAAUUUGGUAUUGCAAAUUUAUUCGGAAAAUCAUUACGACAGCGUGCCUGGGGAUUGAUUCAAAUAUCUCAUCCUGAUCAUCGUGAAGCUUUGGAAAAGGCGGCAUUCGAACGUCUCAAGACAAUGCCAUCACCUCAUUAAAGACUUUUAUCUAAUUACAACGAAAAAAUAUAUAAAAUUUUAUUUUAAAAAUUGUACACUCCCUAAAUUUAACCGCGUACCUUUGUAGUUUAUAGAACUAAAGAAGCAACACCGGAAGUUACUACUAAGUGUUCAUAAAUUAUCGGACAAUUAAAUUAUCAUUUGGUUGUAAAGAGUAAAUUUUCUGAGAAACAAAAACUUGCAUUUCGAAACUUGUUAACUUAUUUUUAAAUAUUUAAUUGGGUAUUAAUAAAGAGGUAGCCAUUGGAAGCCAUUUGAUGUCUUUUAAAUUGCCACAAUGUCAUUUAUUUGUUCAUGGAAGUUUAAGAAGAUAUCAUGAGCAUGACGAUAUG